AUGAAGUCCUCCGUUGUGGCUUUCUCGCGUGCCCUCCCGCAGCGCUGCGACAUCGCGGUCACGGAGGUUGACGCGGUGCAGCCCUCCUCGGUCUCCUUGCCGGGCGUUGGGGACAGCUCGCACAGCGUGGUGACGCUGGAGAGUGUCGUGUUGAAUGCCUCUUCGCUGUUGGUCAGCAACGUCAGGGCGCGUGCGUCCGGGUAUUACGGCAAACCAGGUGUGCAUUCGCCCGGGUACCUGAAGCUGGUGGGCGGCAGCUCCCUGUACGUGCGGUACUGCAGCUUCGAAGAUUACACGCAUCUCCUCUACGCGUAUAGUCUGAGCCUCAGCGAUCACUCCGUUUUGGCGGUGCUCAACAACACAAUGAGCGCCGGGAUGUCCUUCCUGUUCCAGCUCUCCGGGUACAGUGUGUCGGACCACAGCGUCCUGCGCGUGGUGGGGAACCGCGGCCCCGUGUCCUACGCCAUCUUCAUGUACAACUCGUGGUCCGUCCAGCAGUCGAGCUGGCUGGAUUGGCGCGACAACGACGUGGGAGCGGGGGAGAUGUUCUACCACCUCGCGUCAGCGCCUAUCAGCGUCGACAACAGCAGUGCGGUGACGCUGACGGGCUGCAAGAUGGGCUCCACGGGGGUGUCGCGGUCCCUGCUGAAGCACGCUGACGCCGGCUACAAGUUCACCGCGGGGUGCCUGACGGUGGCGGGGAAGGUGCUGACGGCGGCUGAAAUGGGGCGCAACGGCAUCGACAAAGUGACGACGGUUGCGGCGUGCGGGGAGUGCACGAAGGACGGCGACUGCUUCGGUGCGCUGACAACGGCGGUGCGCGGCUGCAAGUGCGAGUGCGCCAGUGGAGGGCACGGCGAUGUGUGCGCCCCGGCGCCUGUACCUGUCGGCCCGGUGCCUGUGCCAUCCCCGCCGUCCCCGCCGCCCCCACCGGCGUUUGGCGAGUGCGUCAGCGACGUGGUGUACCCCGAGGUGACGCAGGCGGUGGGCAGCGGGCUGUCGUGGCUGUGCUACCGCAACGUGACCUUCAGCGGGGGCGCAUGA